AGGGCAGCCAGACUCCCUCCAAGAAGAAGGCCUCUCACCCCCCUUCACCACUCCGGCUGCCCCCGUCCCCGACCCGACCCGAGGAGGAAGAAGACCCACACCUUGGUGAUAGAUGUGCAGCGGCGGCAGGUGCUUCUGCUCCUGCUAGGUAGGUAGGUAGGUAGGGUUUCUUUCGGCCUGGACGAGGAGGAGGGAUCCGUCCUGCCGCGGCUGUACGACGACGACGAGGAGGAGUUGCGUCCAGGGGCGGAUCUGCUAGCGUCUUCCCGGAGGCUGAACGCCACAAGGAGGCAGGCAUGGAGCACUACACCAUGAGGCUCAGCGCGGGGGGAGGGGCCACGCCCACCCAGCAGCAGCAGCAGCUCUGCCCCUGGGGGGAGCAGCCCCUGAUGGCGCCCGACCGAAGGUCGAGGUUCUGGCAGAUGGACAUGGUGGCCGUGGCGGCGCAGCCGGCCCGCAUCGAGGUCAUAUGCCCGCUGCCGCGCCGCCCCGCCCGCCCUACCCACCCCGUCGAGCCCUUCGGCAGGGCCAGCUCCAGGCCUAACAACGGGACGCUACCAGUGUAUAGAACAGACUCCGCCUCUGAUAUCCUUGAUCUCAUCCUCAGCAAGAAUGACCCUGAUGUUGAUACCGAUUCCAACGGCCAGGCUGGCUUUUUCUGUGGCUCGCCUCCUGUCCGCACUAACAACCCCAUUGUGAAUGAUCCGCAGUUUGGUAGGAACACCCCCUGUUUCUCUCCUCUAGGGAGCCCGUUCAGCAAGAUGCUCGGUGGAAGAGCUGAAGUAGGCUCUCCGUCUUGCGGGGCGAGUAGCAGCCCGAAAGUGAGGAUCGAAGGCUUUGCCUGCGGGAACAAAGAGAACCAUUGUGCAGUCACCUUUGCCUGAGAGCAUUUUCGCCAUACCAUCCAAUUCACCAUUGACCAUUAGCGCGCCAUUUUGCAACCCCCACCCCACCCCCCCAACAUGUAAAUUUUCCGCCCCCAAGAUACAGCUAGUCCCUUUAAUCCUAAGCUAAGCUAAGCUAGUAGUGCCUGUUCGAGUCAGAGUUUAUUUAGUUGAGUUGAGUCUAAGUUGAGGUGAGUCCUCGUUGUCGCCCGUCUGGUUGUCGCUUUUGAACCUGCGCAAUCGCAGAGAGCUUUCGGUUUAUGUACAUAGACGAGGUCUCCCGUCUGUUGUGUCCUGUAUCUACAUCUUUGUAAUGUCUCUCUGUGUGUGUGUGUCUUGUGUCUAGCAAGUGUCCCAGUCCCAUGGGUGUGUUCAGAGUCUAGCAAGUGUCCCAGUCCAUGGGUGUGGUCAGAGUCUGUAAAUACCUGUCUGUCCUGCAUUCAGAUGCAUAAUUAAGAAACUAUUAUAUUAUUAUAUUAAAUCCUCUUUGUUCCUGUGGUAUUA